CGAUGCCCACAGUGAGCACAGUUAAGAUACAAACGUUGAUCAGAAUGGUCCGAAAAAAUACGCGCUAAACAUUGUCGAAGAGAAUGUGUGACAUUUGACGCUUUGCUCCGUUGCGAAGAGAAUUCAUAAUUCUAUAAACAUAUAAGGGAUCUUCCGGAAUAAUGAUAUUCAUAACGUGGCUACUUGCCUUAUUGGUAAAUUUGCAAACGCUUGUGGAAUGUCUAAUCAGUUCGAAUGAUCACUCUAAUUUAACGAUCGGAAAUUACGUUGACUUUACUCGUUUAUGGGGUAUUUACUACCGAGAACCGAAUCUUCGGAAAUAUUAUGAUUAUAUCAUUGUUGGGGCUGGUCCAGCGGGGUCUGUUCUGGCUAAUCGAUUAACAGAAGAUCCUAAAGUGACGGUUUUACUAUUGGAAGCAGGAAAAGGGGAUUUUCCAUUUUUCACCGGAAUUCCACUGGCAGCUCCUAAUCUGCAAUCUACAGAUUACAAUUUUGCAUAUGAAAGUGAGGUUCAGAGUAUCGGUUGUCAAGGAUUACGCAAUAAAAAGUGCAGUUGGCCCCACGGGAGAGGCGUUGGUGGUUCUUCUAUCAUCAAUUACAUGAUUUACACCAGAGGUAACCGCAGGGAUUACGAUAGUUGGGCUCAGGAAGGUAAUUCUGGUUGGAGUUGGGAAGAUAUUCUACCAUACCACAUCAAAGCAGAACGAGCCAGCAUCAAGGACUUUGACAACAAUGGAUUUCAUGGCAAAAGUGGACCCCUCUCGGUUGAAGACUGCCCAUUCAGAUCCAAAGUGUCUCAUGCAUUCGUUCAAAGCGCACAGAUGGCCGGAUAUCAAUAUCUCGACUACAAUGCCGGUGAUCAGAUUGGUGUAUCCUAUCUUCAAGCAAACACAGACCAAGGUUUUCGGGUAACGAGUGCAAAAGCUUAUCUCACUUUGGCUGCAAAACGCCAAAAUCUUCAUAUUCUCACCAAGGCAUGGGUUACCAAGAUUCUUAUUGAUCCGGACACCAAAAUAACCAAAGGUGUAAGGUUCACACACAAUAAAAAAUUGACUGCUGUUAAGGCCAGACAAGAGGUCAUUCUAUCUGCCGGGGCAUUUGAAAGUGCUAAACUGCUUAUGCUUUCUGGAAUUGGGCCGUCAAAACAUCUUGCGGACUUAGAAAUUCCAGUGCUUCAAGAUCUACCGGUUGGCGAAACUCUUUACGAACAUCCGGGAGUACUCGGUCCGACAUUUCUCAUAGAAAAACCUAUUGAUAAUUACGUCCAACUAGAUGAUAAUAUAAACUGGAACAAUUUUUUCAAACUGAUCAACGGACGUGGUGUAUUUACAACUAAUUCAGUGGAGAGCCUCAUGUACAUUAAGACGCCCGUUGCCGAAAGCACAGACCCAGGUCUUCCGGACAUUGAAAUUAUGCAAGCUUUUACUUCAAUCGACUUUGAUUCCGGCCCGGGUACCGCUACAGCAUUUCGUCUAACCAACGAAACCUAUGACGGAUAUUUUCGACCUAUUGAAAACAUUCGUUCCUUUCAAUAUCUUCCGUUACUUCUAAAACCAAGGACUCGGGGAAAGCUUCGACUUAAAUCCCGCAACGCAUUCCACCAUCCACGUUUUGAGUAUCAAUAUUUUGAAGAUGACCGUGAUCUUGAAGCACUAGUUCAUGGCAUACGGGAAGCAAUCCGCGUUACCUCUCAGAAACCUUUCCGCGAGCUCGGAGUGAAACUCUACACUGGGGUAGUACCGGGCUGCGAAAGUUACGAGUUCAACACAGAUGAUUACUGGCGCUGCCAUGUGCGCACUUUAACUGCCACCUUUCACCAUCAGAUUAGUACAUGUAAAAUGGGCCCACAUACCAAUCCAGAGGCAGUAGUUGAUCCCCGUCUUCGAGUGUUUGGAAUUUCCCGGCUCAGAGUGGUGGAUAUUGGUAUCGUUCCGGAACCACCAGCAGCCCACACAUCGGCGAUCAGUUUUGUCAUUGGAGAAAAGGCUGCCGACAUGAUCAAGGAAGAUUUAGCACUUGGGGCUGUCGGCAAGAUACUCACAAAACGAAUAUCACCGCAUGCGGAAGAACUCGGAUUCAGUCCUCGUUAUCAGUUUUGGCAAGAACCAUUAGUAGAAGAUGUUUUGAUUUAUUAGGCUACAAUUAGUUUCAAAGUUAUAUUGCACACAAGAGUUAGAAGUUCAUUGUGCAGUAAUGUUUAUUUACGUAAUUAUUGUAAGGAGGAAUUUUCAACCAAAAACUUCAAUAUUGAUGAAUAGGCAGAACCGAAACAAUAUUAUAGAUUUAAAGAACAUAUAAAUAACGUCGAGAGAUAUAUUUUACUGUAUAUUAUGCCAUUGAGAAGUGUGUUAGGUACCACGAAACACACACCCUAAUAAAUUAGUCCCAUAUUAGGGGCAGCAACUGUAACUGAAUUAGGCGAAACGUUUGGUAAAAACCAUGAGAAAACAUAGGCAACAAAAUUUGUUCAGCUUGAGCUCCGUCCGUGGCUAUUGCAUUGGAUUUCACGCAAACGACAUUCGUACACACUAAAUUAUUGUUACCGAGUUGCAGUGAAAUUUUGCUGAAGUUUUCCGAGCUAGAAUUUCAUCAAAUACACCCAGCCAAAGCUAUUAGAUGACUUUUCAGCAGCUCACAACUGUCAAAAUUUCACUGUAAAAACUAUCUUCUUUACUGAACAUUUCAGUGAAUCAAUGCAGAAAUUAAUGACAACAUUUAGCUAAAAUUCCAGUAAUUACUAUGUAAUUAAUGAACACUUUGGUAUCAAUUGCAAAAUUACUGCAUUUACAGCAUACAAUGUUUCACUGAAUUAGGGCAAAUCAUUUUGCGGAAACAAAAAAACGAAAACCUGUUGUGUAGGGAGUGAUGGAAUAGUUGAACUACUGCGUGACAUAGGCAACAACUUCAAAAUGAAACACUUUGCUUAUACUAAGGAUAUGAUCAAUUGUUGUUCUUGUACUACUUAUACAUUUGUAGCAGCAGACGGUUAAAAUCUCAUACUAAUGAAAUUCGGAUACUUCAAUGCAAGGAUUUUAUGUUGGAGACAAAAACAGAUGCCUACCUGAAUUAGAUGAAACCAGUUUAGAUCUAAACUGCAAAAGGCGUCUGUGAGAUAAACUCUGCUGUUGUCAUACCUAGUUCUUUCCCAUUGUCUAUGACAUUCAAGGAAAAUCUUUUUUCUUAUUUACUGCAUACUUGUCUGGCAUUAUAUACAAAAUUUAAAAAUCAUGCUUUUGUUAUCACUUUUAUAAAAUAAUUUCAAAUUUUAACUCAUUAUUAAUGAGUUACGAGUCAUCUGACUUCAGAUACUCCGAUUUGGAUGAAACUUUCGAUCAGGUACGGGUCGUAUGGCGAACCAUUUGUUUUACAUGGAUGGACCAAUUGGACUCUAGCUUAGAGAACAGACAUCCAGGCUUAAAAACAGCUAUGUAGCUAGCUAUGUACAGCGAUUGCUGGUCUACUCAAAUCACCUCUAUAGGUGAAUUGCUACUUGGUGAUCACUUUGUCAAACAACCGGUAAAUUUCUUACACACGUUAAAACGUCAGUGUUGUCAGUGACUUCAAGGCUGUUUUUUAAGAGCAGAUGUGUUUUUGUGUACAGUUUUUUCAAAUCGUUGCAACGCGAAAGUUGUACUCUGUACAAAAAUAAUGUCUAAGAGUAGUUGUAGGAAAUCGAUAGGACACUCCUGAAAUUUUUUUUCAAUAAUACUGUUUCAAGAAUUAUGAGCAUUUGCAAAAUUUUAAGUUUACGAUGCAAACAAAUCAUUUAAAAAAACGCGAUAAAUUUGCUGGUUGUGAUCUUCCUUCUGAAACGAACGUUCUUAAGAUACUUAGACAUGAGAUUCAAUUCUGAGAUUUUCGUUGAAUUCGCCACUAAUGAACUAUUGAAUUGCUGAACACCAAGCGCAUUAUCAAUUAAUAAAUGUUCAAAAUCAGAGAAAUCAGAGCAAGUCGUUUCAAAAUCAGAACAAGUCAUUCCUGAUUUUGUUUACUUUUGUGCUGUUAUUUUCUGGAUUUGCUCAAUAGUAAACGAAAAUUUUGCAAACGUAUACAAACUAUAGCGGUUUUAUCAAGAUAGAUUUAAAAUUUCAUUAAACCGCGUUGCUAUGUCCAAUCUUUCCCUUAACAGCACUUCGUGUAUAAAAUUGAGAUGCCCACAAAUACUUAAAACUUGAAACAUUUUACUUACAUGGCGAACCCUACAUAAUGUCGAGCUCCAGCAAACGCUUUUUAGCCGGAAGUAGAAAGUAUAAGAGUUCUAGUCAAGACUGAAAAGUCGAGGCAUAAUCUAAAAUGCCUUCAAAACUAUGUGUUCUAUAGUCAUCCAUACAAAAACAUUACGGUUAUACGCCCAAAUAUAUCCCAGGAGUAAAACAUUCUUUCAGUGGCUUAAGGGACUAUCUUCAACUAUUUUUAAUUACUUUUGA